AUUUGACAGACACUCUCAUAUAUACAUAACAGACACGCAUAUACAUAACAGAUAUACAUACAUCAAUCACACAGACACACUUAUUGACAAAGCGCACAGACACACAUCACAUAGUUCCUGCUAAUAUGCCGCGUGCCAAGGGCCACAGGCGGGCACUAGCCUCCAGGACCAAGAUGGCAGAGCGGCAGUCUUCGACCCCCAUGCCUCCUGUCCCUGAGUUCGUCUCUCGGCGCGGCACUGGGUUCCGCCACCGCGUGCGGAGGUGGCCGACUUCGCACCUGACUGGCCGUCAGGUGAAGUUUGUCCCUCCAGCUAUCGACCCGGAGAAGAAGACUGUCUUCUUCAUCGGCGACUCCCACCUGAGGGGCCUGGUGGAUGGGGAUGUCGCCUUACCCAAGGUACCGCUCUCUUUCUCUUUUCUGUCUGUUCCAGGUGGAGGUGCAGCUGACCUGAGGACAGAGGUGGGGCGCCUGGAGUUCCCGUGGACCCCGGAUGUCGUCUGCGUGCUGGCCCCGAGCAACGACCUGGACCGUGGGCCCUCCUCCGCUGCGGUGGAGUUCGGCGCCCUCCUGACCAGCGUCCGCAGCCGCUGGCCCAAGGUGUUUGUUCUGGACUUCCCCCCGCGUCUGAACAAACCCGUGGGCCUGCAGGAUCUGCUGCGUCAGGAGCACCGCCGCGUCGCAACACGCAUGGGUGUCCCAUUCGUGGCUGUGACCGACAGCUUCCUGCUGGAUCGGUUGGAGCUGUGGUGUCAUGACGGCGUGCACCUCAGCGACACAGGUGGCUCGCCCAUCCUGGUGAAGCUGUUGUGCGAAGCCGCCCUCACCCUGUUCCCAACUGACCCCCCUGCGCCUCCUUCCCCUCUGACGGACUGCCUGGAUCCCCAGACGUGGCCCAGUCUUGGAGACGAGGGAGAGAUGGACUGCAUGCCUGCAUCUGCUGGCUUUUGGAGGAAGAUGGCAGAGCGGCAGUCACGGACCCCCAUGCCUCCUGUCCCAGAGUUCGUCGCUUGUGGCCCGCCCAUCCUGGUGGAGCCUGCGCCUUCUUCCCCUCGUCGGUCGCCACCGGCCCAGGUGACGGGGCCAGACCCCCUGCCCCGUCGGCGCCAGGAUCCCCGGAGGUGGACAACGGUUGGACGGGAGCGAAAGGCUGGAACACUGCCGGUGCAACAGUCCCUUCCCAUCCCGUCCAACCCUGUGUGGUUCAGCAGUCCUAUGUUGGAUGCCAUGGAGGAGUUCGCUCCUUCCUCUGACUCCAACUGCACUGCUGUCCCACCACCUGGCCAGGCUUCUCCUGGGAGGCGUCGUCGGAGAGCUGUGGCUGUCAGGCGUGCUGGACGGAGGGAGUUCACUUCUGACUCCGACUGCACUGCUGUCCCACCACCUGGCCAGGCUUCUCCUGGGAGGUGUCGUCGGAGACCUGUGGCCGUCAGGUGCGCCGGGCGGAGGGAGCAGGUUGGUGUCAACGUUUUUCCCUUACAAUUUCAGGUACCUGCGGUCCGUGGCGAGCCAACGGUCAUCAGGGAGGAGCCUGCUGUCCAGGAGGAAGCCCAGGUGCCGCUGCAGGUCUUCGCAGAUAAGGUUGAUUCUUUUCCUCUCCCUAGUGAUAGUGGUAGGGUUAGUAAACCUCAGUCCGUCUGCGGUCGCGUGGCAAUGGUCGAGCGGGAUCGUCUGGGAAUUAGCGUAGCUACGGUUGUGCGCGGAUCUUUUCACCAGGGGGAUAGCAGGUUUAGUUACGGAGGGAAGCAAUGCAUGGCCAUUGCUUUAACUAGUAUAGCUAAGCAUGUGGUGAAAAGUGUGUUUUCGUGGGAGACACAGGAUCUCGAUCGCAUCCUGUAUUUAGGCGAUGAAUUGUACAGUAGUUUGCGCAACCUGGGUAUUUUUAACCAUCCGUCGCAGUUUUUGUCCGUGCCGGAUCUACCUAGUAAUGUGGAUAUUGACGAGCAGUUGUUUAGUUUUCAUUUUAGUCAACACCCGGCAUCAGGUGCUGUGGGUGUUGAGCAGGAAAGUGGUCCCUUUGUGAGUCUGCGUCAUGGAUUAGAGGGAGUUUUCAGGCAGUACAGGAUGUGUCUGCUGACACUGGUAGCGUAUACAUCUGCCAUCAUCUGUGAGGAUGGACAGUUUGCUGUGGUCGACAGUCACUCUCGUAGUAGCUGUGGCCUGCUAGAUCACAACGGUACAAGUGUAAUACUGCACUUUUCCUGCUUAGAUGACCUGCAUCACUACAUCUGUUGUUUGGCUGAUGCUCUCUGUUCAGGGCUGAAGCCUUUUGAGCUGUGUGGCGUUAGGGUUAGUGUAGGUGCAAGUCCAGCGUUGUCUGGAGCUUCUGUAGAGAGUUGCAUCUUUGAGAUGAACACUGCUGCAGCACCUGAGCGUAGUGACAUAAGUGAUGUUUGUGCCACCACCUCCUUGUUUGACAGUGAUGCAGGUCCAGCUGUGAGCCACGCACAAUCCGGUGUUCCUGUGGAGAGUGGCUUCAUAGAGAUGAGCACUGCUCCGGCACCUGGAUUUAGUGACCUUGACAAAGAUUUUGCAGCCCCAUCUGUGUGUCAGAGUGGGGCUGAUGUUAAAGCGAGCCCAGCACUGUCUGGCGCAUCUGUUCUCACUUUUUUAAGUGAAGUUAGCAGUGGCUCAACAGCAGAAUUUGUUGCCACUGAUGGCAAAAAGCGUACGAUUUUGUCUCGUGAACGCAAGUCUAAACAAUCCAAGCGUUUUGAUAGUGUUACAGUAAACUCUGAUGUAGUGUUUAUCGCUGCAUCAGAGAGUGAGGAACAGUUUUUCCGUCCCCUCGGUGAUGACGUUUGUAGGGCUUUGUGUAGUCAAUUAAAAAUAGAUUUUAUGAAAGUCGGUGGUCUGGUGCACAGAGAGGUGGGCUACUUAGGUGUUCCCUGCCUUAGGGAGAAAAUUGUUCAGGAUGGGAACUGCUUUUUCAGAGCUGUUUCUCACGCUGUCAGUGGUUCACAGAAGAACCAUCGUAAGAUUAGACUGGCAGCCUGUAGAGAGCUCGAAAAGAAUGAGGCUAGGUAUCGGGGUCUUUUGAGGAGUGAUAUGUCACUUUUAGAGUACAUCAAGCAGUCCAGGAUGAAGUGUGUCAAGACUUGGGCCACAGAGGUUGAAAUCCAGGCCACUGCAGAUUAUUUAGGCAUUGCCUUUUUUACUUUUCAUGAUGCUCGUUGGCUAAAAUAUUGUUGCAGCAGUAAGUGUUUGUCAGCGGACUGCAUUUAUUUGGAGAAUGUCGGGGGCCAGCAUUUUGACUGCGUUCUUUGUGUUUUAAAGCCUGGACUGCAAAGUUGUUAUGGAUAUUGUGAAUUAGGCUGGGAUAUAGGCUGUAGCACUAGGUCUUCAGCGAAAGAUAGAGCGGGGCAGGCAGUAGAUGGGAUAGAUUGUCUAGAUUCAGGUAAAGAUGUUAUAGAGGUUGUAGAGGGCAGUACAAUAAGUAGGGAUUCUAGUGCGACAAAGUAUUCAAAGUGUAAGGGAAGACUGCAGGAUACAGUUACUAUUAAACAUCGAGAGAGACGUGCCCUGCUUUAUAGGAAAAUGUAUAGUGAGGACUUGAACUUCAGGGAGAGCUGUAUAUCACGAAGUGUAGAGAAAUACAGAUAUAGCUUGGAGCACAGGCACGGAGUGCGGGGAAGUACAGGGAUAUUAUUGAGCACAGGGAAAGGGUUAAAUUCAGGAGCAAAGUGCCGAGUACAAUAAAAUACAGGGAUAUCAAGCACAGGGAAAGGGUUAAAUUCAGGAGCAAAGUGGCGAGUACAAUAACAUACAGGGAUAUCAAACACAGGGAAAGGGUUAAAUUCAGGAGCAAAGUGGCGAGUACAAUAAAAUACAGGGAUA